AUGGAUGGAGUUGUGUUAUAUCAACUUCUAAAAACAAACAAACCCAAAGUUCUUGAUUUUCGCGUAGCUUUGGGAUACUCGGAGGACAGAUUUAGGGUGGAAUUCCCUGUCCUUAGUCGAGGCUUUGCGGAAAAGAUAUUAGAUCGACUCUCCUACUACAAUGUAGGCAAGACGGAGGAUUCAAAUAUCAUGAUUAUCGAUCCUGCAGCUGUGGUUUACAAACGACCAAAAGCCAACGAUCCUCACGACAUUCCAAUGAAGCAUUUCCAGAAAUUUGUCAAUUCCCUUAAAUCCCGACUUACUGUUGCUCAAGUAAGUGUCAUCAUAUCUUGA